GCCCUCGCGCGUCCCCCGCGCCCGGGCGCAGCUGGCGCGGUCGGUCUAGUGCAGCGCUCGGCUCCGCGCCUCGGGCGCUUGGCUUCACCUUCAGAGGCGCGGGGCGUGCGCGUCCUCCUCCCCGGGCCCGCUGCCUCUUCGCCAAGGGGCUCGCUGUGUCUGCCAUGCUCUCCAGGUAGGAGAUGCACGUCGCCGUGGCAGGAACCACUCUGCAGCUGGGAUGCAGAAGACUUAUCUGAAAAUGGAGAGAUAAGACCUUGUCCAGCAGGCCUGCCUGGUGAGAGCGAGCCGAGCCCGCCCCUGCCGGGCGAGCCCGUGUCCUGGAGAUGGAUCGCAGCCGAGAGGCCGAGAUGGAGCUGAGAAGGGGCCCCAGCCCCACUGGGGCCAGCAGGAGCCCCGAGGUGGACGGGGACAAGGCCGUGAGCCACAGCUGCUGCAUCUGUGGCAAAAGCUUCCCCUUCCAGAGCUCCCUGUCGCAGCACAUGCGCAAGCACACGGGGGAGAAGCCCUACAAGUGCCCCUACUGCGACCACAGGGCAUCCCAGAAGGGCAACCUGAAGAUCCACAUCCGCAGCCACCGCACCGGAACUUUGAUCCAGGGCCAGGAGCCUGAGGCCGGCGAGAUGCGCGUGGCCGAGGGCCUGGACGGCUGCACCAGCCCCACGAAAAGCACCUCGGCCUGCAACAAGAUCCUGAACGGGGCCACCCAGGUGGACAACAGCAAGAUCCUGCUGAGAAGCAGCAAGAAGGAGCCGGAGGGGGCCGCGGGGGGCCCCGAGGAGGGCAAGGCCGGAGUCGCUCAGUGCUCCUUCUGCAAGAGCAAGUUCGAGCGGAAGAAGGAUCUGGAGCAGCACGUGCACCAGGCACACAAGCCCUUCAAGUGCAGGCUCUGCAGCUACAUGACCCUGAGGGAGGAGUCCCUGCUGAGCCACAUCGAGAAAGACCACAUCACUGCGCAGGUGCCCAGCGGCGAGGCCUACGCGGAGAACUGCAAGCCGGAGCUGCCCCCUGGGGAGUUCCCCUGCGAGGUGUGCGGGCAGGCCUUCAGCCAGACCUGGUUCCUGAAGGCUCACAUGAAGAAGCACAGGGGCUCCUUCGACCACGGCUGCCACAUCUGCGGCCGUAGAUUCAAAGAGCCGUGGUUCCUGAAGAACCACAUGAAGGCACACGGCCCGAAGACGGGGAGCAAGAACAAGCCCAGGAGCGAGCUGGACCCCAUCGCCACCAUCAACAACGUGGUGCAGGAGGAGGUGAUCGUGGCUGGCCUGUCCCUCUACGAAGUCUGCACCAAGUGCGGGAACCUGUUUACAAACCUGGACAGCUUGAACGCCCACAACGCCAUCCACCGCCGCGUGGAGGCCGGCCGGCCGCGUGCCCCGGCUGGGGAGGGCGCGGCGCAGGGCGGCCCCGCCGACGCCCAGCGGCUCUUCCUUCAGUGCCUGAACCUGCGGCCCGCCGAGGCCGGCGCGCCCGCCCGCGGCCAGGCCGGGCGGCGGGUGGCCGAGCUGGACCCGGUCAAUAGCUACCAGGCCUGGCAGCUGGCCACCAGGGGCAAGGUGGCCGAGCCAGCCGAGUACCUCAAGUACGGGGCCUGGGACGAGGCGCUGGCCGGGGACGUGGCCUUCGACAAGGAGCGGCGCGAGUACAUCCUGGUGAGCCAGGAGAAGCGCAAGCGCGAGCCGGAGCCGGGCGCGCAGGGCCCCGCGCGCAAGAGGGCGGGCGCGCCCGGGGACCCCGCGCCCGGGCCCCUGGAGCCCCGGCCGGCGGCGCGCCCCAGCCGCCGCGCCGCCGCCCCCGCCGGCCACGGCAAGUCGUCCGAGUGCUUCGAGUGCGGCAAGAUCUUCCGCACCUACCACCAGAUGGUGCUGCACUCCCGCGUGCACCGCCGCGCGCGCCGCGACCGCGACGGCCCCGCCGACCGCGCGCCCCGCGCCCGCUGCGGCUCGCUCAGCGAGGGCGACUCGGCCUCGCAGCCCAGCAGCCCCGGCUCGGCCUGCGCCGCCGCCGACUCCCCGGGCUCCGGCCUGGCCGACGAGGCCGCCGAGGACAGCGGAGAGGAGGGCGCGGCCAUCGCGGCCCCAGGUGAGCGCGCGCGCCUGGGUGUUCCCGGCCCCGGGUGCCGGGUACCCACGUGGCCCCCGCACCCAGGGGGAAGGCCACACCGCUGCUGCUUUGCCGAGGGGGUGGCCGCGACCGUGCUCUCCAACGGAGACCAGAGUGGCACACGUGGCGAUCACACGUCAGGCAGAGACGCCAGCGAGCCCAUAGCGGGGGUCGCCGCCUCCGUGUCUGCACUUGAAAACAACAGCAGAGAAACUCCCAAGAGACCAGAGCAGCCUAGGUUUUCCAUGGACUUAAAGAUGCCAGCGUUUCGUCCCAAGCAAGAGGUCCCCAGCUCGAGGGACACUGCAAACUUCCCAUCAGGUUCGGAUCAGACUUUUCUGGAAGGAGCAGAUGUGCAGCUCUUGUCAGAGAGCCAGGCUAGCCACCCAAAAGAGAAGCUGUCUGAUUUGCACAAUAAGGAGCUUUCUGGGGGAGGAAAAAGGGCGCCAGCCCCAGACCUGAUCCCGCUAGACCUCAGCGAGCGGUCGACCCGGGAUGACCCCAGCCAUAAGGAGUUGGCCUCCGCCCUUCAAGCUGCUCUGACCGUUCACCCGUGUCCUUACUGCAGCCACAAGACGUACUACCCCGAGGUCCUGUGGAUGCACAAACGCAUCUGGCACAGGGUCAGCUGCAACUCCAUGGCCCCCCAGUGGAUUCAGCCCAACGGUUACAAAAGCAUCAGAAACAACUUGGUUUUCCUUGCCCGGAGUGGACGCACGGGCCCCCCACCCGCCCUAGGGGGCAAAGAGUGCCAGCCUCUGCCCAUUGCUCGGUUCACACGCACUCAGGUGCCGGGUGGGGCACCAGGGCUCAAAGGCAGCUCCUCACCUCUGGGCGUGAAAGCCGCUAGCAUACCUAAGAGCAAGGAGAGCCCUGGCGGGGGCCCCUGCGCUCUGUGGACGGCCGGCCCCGACGGGCAUAGGCAGACCAAACCUGGCCACGGCCCGGAGCAGCACGGUGGCCCAGCACAGCUGCCCCCGCCAAAGCCCAAGCAGGAGGUCAGCCCCAGACCAGGGCCCGCGGCAGGCGGGGGUGGCUUCAGCAGAAGUGCCACCCCCACGCCCACUGUCAUUGCCCGGGCGGGCUCCCAGCUCCCGGCCAACAGCAGGCCAGGGGACAAGUAUGUCAUACCCCCGACGGGGGCCGGGCUUGGCCCCCCAAAUAAGCACAGUGCCCCGGACCCCCUGAAAGCCAAAUUCAGUCCUCAGUCUCAGGGUCAGCUGCAUGUGAAAGGUGAUGGGGGCCCCCCUCUACCUCCCCGAGAGCCCCCCUCCAAGGCCGGUCAGGAGCUGCGUCCGCUGGCCAGCUGUGGGGCGGGCUCCAGAGGGAACGCAGUCCUGCAGGCCCAGCCCGUCCUGCACUCCAUCAAGCCGGAGCCUGCGUCCGAGGGCCACGAGAAGCGCCUGGAUAUCCUCAAUAUCUUUAAGACGUACAUUCCAAAGGACUUCGCUUCCCUCUACCAGAGCUGGGGUGCCAACGGCCCUGCGCUGGAGCACAGAGGGACGCUCCGGACACAGGCCCGGCCGGGAGACUUCGUCUGCGUGGAGUGUGGGAAGUGCUUCCACCAGCCCAGCCACCUCAGGACCCACAUGCGGGCUCAUGCAGAGGCGUUUGAGUCUAAUGGUCUCCGAGGUGCUGAUGCCCACGCCACCUCCACAGAUGCCCCCAAACAAGGGAGAGACCAUUCUAACACGGAUGCCGUCCAGACAGUGCCUCUCAGAAAGGGAACCUAAAGACACGUUUCCAUCAUACCCCGGUGCCCUGUGACAGCCGUCAGCAGUCCCCUCAUGGAUGCCCCAACAGCCUCCCAACAGUGACCCUGGCCACCCCGCGGAAGAACAGCUGGAGGACUGCCGAUCGGACCCCUCCAGUCCUGGAGCCACUGUGCUGGAGUGGAGUCUGAAGAGAGAUGCCUCUCCGUGUUAAAUGUUUAAAAAUAAAUGAAGAUGCUAUACUCUAGAAUGACAUGUAGAUCUUCUAUGUGCAUAUAUGUGCUCAUCGACCAUAGUCCCAUAUUUUUCUUAAAAUAGACAGUGAUAUUGGCAGGCACAGUAGGAGCACAAGGCAUCUAUAUUGUUCAAGACAAGUUUGAGACACUGGAAAAAAGAUUCUUGUGUGUAUUGGACAGAGUGAAGAAGCUAAGCACUGUAAUAGAAACCGCCGACGUUCAGAAGGACUGUCGGGGUGAUGUCAGAACAAGCAGAGGUGGAGUUGAGGUUGGCAAAGUGUUAAUACUAUGGCCUCUCCUUGUCUUAGUGGGUAUUUAAAAUAGUAAAUGAAGAGAGGCAGGAGGUGGCCUUCAGGUGCUGUGGAAACCAGGCGUGAUGGAGUAGGGGCCUCGACAAGACCCUCACUGUUCAAAGGUUCAGUCGCACCACCCCCAGGGGCUGUGUGCAUUCCCCACGUGCUUGCUCCUGCUUUCCACCACUUGUACUCAGUGAGUCCGGCCGAGGAAACACGUCCGUGGGAAUGCUUAUAUUCUGCUUCAGAAGAGAGAGCUAGUUGAACACUAAGAAAAGCAGGCUUCUUUGUUUAUUCUCAGGACCUUUUUGUAACAGGGCUACAUUCUGCAAACUGCUCACAAAGGAAGACUGCCUGUCUUAACAAAUUCUCUAGCCACUGACCCCUCCCGAUCUGGACCUGUUUUCGGAAUGGCAGGAGAAUCCCUGAGCAGAUUGGGGACCCUCGAUCACCAGGUGCUGGGGCCCUGGAAUUUCGUCCUCCCUCCCUGCCCUGCCUACCCCGUUCCGUCUGUCCCUGCACCACCCCAGCGAGUAGGUGUCUUUUCUUCUUGGGCCUGGGGACCUCCACAGGACGAGGACCUGCGUUCCCAGCAUGUGGGGGUCCCCAGGCCCGUGGUGGGGGUGGCUUUAUAUACCUCUUCCUCAGUCACGCAAAUGCAAGUUUUUGUGGUGGGGGUUAAGGCCUGUGACAAAGGAUCUUAAACCUUGCGGUGUAUGCAGUGAACGUUGUAUUCCACAGAUAUAAAUAUUUUCUUUUCCUAUUACCGUGACACUGUGUGUGAUGGUAAUAUUUCUGAGAGUUUCAGAUUUUUGCACAUAUGAUUUUAUGCAUUAUCAAAAGUUACUGCUGCCUUGAAUGAAAAUGUUCUGUGAAAUUUUUUGCAAAAGCUUUACUAGGUUUUUUUUAAUUGUGAAAUUUUGUAAAGGCAGGAAAUGGAUUAAAAACGAGCAUGCUAAAUAUAUUUUUCAAAAAAGCAAUAAUUUUACAUGUACAGAAAUUAUCCUAACCUUUAAUACUGGUGAGAGCGACCGUUUACUUAAUACAGUAAUGGAUUAGUGCAGUUUUUGUAGAAAAUGGGCUUCUGAUACAAAGACUUGUUUAAACACACACACACACACACACACACACACACACACACACACACACUCCCCAAAGUGUGGUUUUCUUGUUCUAAUGAUUUGUUGAAUUAUUAUUAUAUUAUUAUUAUUAUUGUUGUUGUUAUUAGUUGAUGUUUGGUUCUGGAUUCUACUUGUUACUGAGUUUAAAUUACUUGACGGUUCAGGUUACUUUGCAGCAUUUGCAAACAAUGCAAUGUAACUGGCUAGCUUAUACACACACAGGUAUAUAUACAUAUAUUGACAUGAUAUAUGUGUAUAUAUAUAUACUUUUUUUACUUAUUUUUUCCUGAUACUCUUACACCAGAUGUGUACCAGAAUUAUCUGUUGUGUUGGUGUCGUUAGGAAUGUCUGUGCAGAUACUAUAAAGCGGCUGUAAUUGACUGUUCUGUAAAGUUAUUUUGAGCAAAGAUACAUUACAGAGAUACAUUCCUUUGUUCACCUUAGAAAUCAAAAUGCCUUUCUGUUGAUUUAUGUUGGAUCAUUUCAAUAGUUUCCCCAAAGUGAUAAUUUCUGCGUUUUCUGGCUUUUAUUUUCUUGGUUGAAAGUGAAUGGUGACAGUUCAGGAAUGCACAGGGGCUAGUGAUUCAGUCCUGUCUGUUUCUCUGUGUUUUAGUUAUUAAAAGAAAUUCUGUACCCAAAGUGACACGGAGGUGUCGUGUCCAUUUUUAUGUCUCAGCAGUGGCACGCGGGAGCCCAGCAGGCAUUCUGAGCUGGGCGUGUCCUCGGGGAGACCUCUUCCCAGGGAGCCUGGUGGAGAAAAGGGGUCGUUCCUGGGGUCCGGUGGGCAGAGCGUGCAACUCGAGUCAGUUUAAACGUUCGUGUGCUGCACAGAGCACAGAAAUAAGAUUUUCACUUGAUUACACAGACGGGAGGGGACCCCCCGAGAAUGCUGUCGUCCGAGACAAGCUGUGUUCGGGCCUGAUGUCGGUUCCUUUCUUCCACUGAGAUCAUCAGUAUUGUAUCGGUUUGUUAAUGCGUUUAUGUCAGUUCGACCAUAGUAUUUAAUAUGAUUUGUGUUUUCUUAUUUAUUUAGCCAAUAUGUUUUGAUUCGCUCUUUUUCGGAUGAUAAUUUCCGCGUGAUCUCUCCUGUAAGUCACCUUCUGACUGUUACAAACUUUCUACUACCUCUGCCAGUCUGCUGUUUCCUUGUUUCUUAACAGCAUUUUUACAGUGUUGGCGUCUAAUGUAACUUAGACAAUAAAGGGUUUGGUUGUCUACACCGCGGCUUCUCCGUGUGUCUCCCCCGCCCCCGCCUGCUCUCCGACUGCCCCUGGCGCGGCUCUGCUGGUCUGGCUCCCCUGCUCGCCCUCUCCUCCUCCCCGCUCUCGUCUCUUACUCGUUGUUGAAUUUCAAAUAACACGCAAAUAAUGAGCUUAUAGAAAUCUUUCAGGUUAUUCACUCAUAUUCCUUAAUUUGAAGAAUGAACAUUUAAAUUCUCUGAAAAGUCAUCUUCUCUGGGAAAUCAUCAGCUGUUCUGUCACUUUUCUGCCUGGUCCCGGGAAGGUCUUCUGGCAAUCUCAGAUGGAUAAAUUUCACCUUGGUCCAAACGCAGCACAAACUUUCAAGCCAAGUGGACUUUGCCUUUUUGGUUUGGAAAAGUAUUAAAUGCUUUAACAGGUCUCCCCAAUAUUUACUUAUUUAUUUUUUAAACCAAGAAAGACACUGGUUUCCUGAAAAGAAGCUGCUCUAGGAAAUUGACCUGGGAAUUACACAUGGCCACUUGGUAAGAUACGAGAACGCUGAUUUUGCCCAGUAUGUCAAGAGCCGUCUUCACAUUUGGCCCCUCUGUCACGUUGCAUAAGGUUAUGUAAACAUCUGUAUAAAGGCCCAGGCACACACAGAUGUAAAACUCAGCACUUUGUUAGGAUGUCGUGGUGGACACAGCGAGUAGCAGGUUUCGCCUCUCGGUUCCUUUCCAGGAGGCUGGCCCCAGGAGCUUCACGUGCUUUCCCCCAGGAGAUAGCCUGUGGCUCCUGGGAUGAGCGUCUUCUGGAUCACAGAGGAUGACCUAAGUUGUCAGUCCGUGCCUGAAAAACAGUACACCUCCUGGGUUUUCAUAGCCCGACUCUCUUUACCAAUAUUCCUUCUUUAAAACAAGACAAAUAACCACCCCAAACCCCGAGAGCUUUCCAUAAUGUGCAAGAAAGAAGAACCGCAUUUCUAAACUUUACCUUUCCACUCUCAAAUGUCUGCGUGUCGGAGGUAGUGGCUGUUGAUUUACUGCGUUUAAAUUUGGUGAGCUCUAAUAGCAGAACAGUUUGUUCACUCGGCAAAAGACAAGAAAAAUCAUCCCAGGCCAGGAUUCCAGUGAUGGUGUAGGCGUCCCGAGCCCCAUAGCAUGCCCGUGGGAAGUGACCGGGGGAAAAUGUUCAUUCUUCAUCAACUUUGCUAAUUAUACUUUGAGGCAGUAAAAUGCAAAAGACCAUAGAAUUUGUAUUUCUUUUUUUAAACACAAUUUAUAACAUUAUAUUUUGUACUCUUUAUAUUAGAAUUUGUAACUAGAUUGAUGUAUUUAACUCUAUUUCUGAAAAAAUAAUGUUUCAGUUGUGUGAUAAAAAUAUUUAGAUAAAACAUAUUCAUUCUAUUGGAAUUUGAAAUCAAUAAAAACAUC